UUAUGGGCCUUGAGUUUUAACCAGGGACCAAAUCGCAAUAUUCACUAAUUUUUCGAGUACUCCGACACGGUGGUGGUGGUGGUGUUUGAUGGAGCAAACGAUAUGGGGUCAUUUGCCGGUGCUGGUAAGGGCAAAUUCAAAAGAAUCUAUUGAAUACAUUCUUCAGGCCCUUUGGAGAACUCGAAAAACUGGUCUUGGCACUACCGACCGAUGCAUCAUCCAAGAAAUGCUCCAGCUCCAAAAUGAAUCUGAUCUCGACCCACUUCUGGUUUGCCUCCGAAUGUUAAUCAGGAGGUGUGUUUAUGAGAACACUAGCAAGGAGGAUAUUCCGAAGCUGUUCCCCAGUGAGGUUCUGCCUGAAUUGCAAAAACUGUUGACACUUUUGUUGCACAAGUUUCAGCGAGAGUGGCAGGAAGAUGUGAUGAAAGAUCAGAAUAUUGUGCCUCGAUUAAAGGCGAUGACAUGGAAUAUGGCAAAUCUCGAUAAAGAAUCAGCAGACCCUGCAGCUGUUAUCAAUUUGAAGUUUUCACUGCAUCCUUUUCAGCUUCAAAAUGAUGGUCAAUUUCACUCGGGAGAGCAAGAUGUGAAGUUCAAGUUGGCUACAGAUUCUAUAGAUAUGAUGCUGAAAGCCAUGCACUGUAUUAGAGACCAGUUUUCUACUGUGGAUGAGGCACUGAAUGGGCAUUAGUACCAGUAAACCAAUGGAGUUUCUUACAAGAUACAACUAAUGGAGGACAUAAAUGAAAGACCUAGGCAGGGGGAAUCAAAACUUGAUCGAUCUUUGGCGGGGAGUUGUGUUAUCAUUCGGGCUAAAGCCUCAACUGACCAGAUCAUUCACUAUUCUUUAUUUAAAAAAGAAAAACUGUUAAUAGUGUUAUGCUUUUUGGAUCAGAAAAUUCCAGUGCAAAUAAGAAACUCUUUUGGUCAUGGGUAUGACAACCUCAUAUGUAACUUAAUGCAAGUCAGUUUUUCACUUGAUUUUCCUUUUGUUUUCUCAAGUGAACUGGUGCAAACACAAGCAAGAUGCUUGCACAUCCAUUGUGGAUUACUUUGCAGCUGUAAAACAUAAUGUGCAUUGGAUUACUGGUUUAAAGUUAAUAGUUAUGCUUUUAAAACUUGGAA